CAUCACGGUCUCGGGCAGCGGAGAGAAAGCGACGCAAACACCGACCCUCCGACUCCGAGGCCAGCCGCUGAAGGCAGAGGAAGAAAAACAUAUUUAUAUAGUGUUCUUAUUGUUUGCAGCCACAGAUAUCAAUUUAAGAGUGAGGAAAGCCGCUUGCCACACCUCAAACCUGGUGAUCGUUCCUCUGCGGCAUGGAGUGGCUGCGGAGGUUGCUCGGGUUUCAUGACAGACCAGGAGCAGAUGGCAACCCCUUUGGAGGCCCAACUUGGGAUGAGAUUGUUGAACAGAGAGACUCCACAAACAUGAAAGACUCUUCAGACUCGCAACAUCCAUGGGAACAUUUCUUCCAUGGUGGCUUCAGCAGGGACAUUUUCUCGCCACCUCAUGACUUUGAGGAUCCCCAUUUAUCUGUUUUUGGUCACAUGGAAGACAUGUUCUCCCACUUGGAAGGCAUGAUGAGGGAGCUGCACCGCCAUCCUGCCUGGGCACUUCCAGACUCCACAGCAGAACUUGAGCCCCAGACUCCCCGUGACCACAUGCUGAAGACGCCAGACAGCGACCCCUCCGAGGCAAUGAUGGGGCCUGCUCCCCAACACCCCAGCUAUGGAUAUAACGGUGAAGACCAGAGUGCUCAGCAUGACCCCGAAGACUUUAGUGCAGACCCUUUCAUCUUUAGCCCUCACAGCUUCUUUGAUAGCAUCUUCCAGAACUUUGGGAUGCAUCCUGGCAAAACACCUUUUUCAGAAAACCUUCCCAUAAUUGGAUCUGCACCAGACCUUGGAGAACACUCCCGGGAGUCACUAAUAAAGAAAGAAGACUCCGACAUUGAUGAGAGGGUAUCAGGGGAUCUCUCAAAGCUACCAGAAGGGAGACCAGGUUAUUCCCAUGAACUACCACAGACUCCUAAUUCUCAACGGUCUCCCUGGUCCCGUCUUGAGUCUCCUGGGGCACCACAACCAGAAGUACGACACAAAUUUUACUCACAGUCAAUAGUCACCAUUAGAAGACCAGACGGCUCUAUUGAAGAAACCAAGAAGUACACCGACAGCACUGGCCGAGAGGAGGUGACGGUGACCCACAAACAGCCAGACGGUGGAAGUCUCCCUCAGCCCGAAGGAUCAGCAGACCAAGUCCACCCAUCUAUCUUCUCCUGGUUCUUCACUCGAUAGUCAGAUUAUGCAUCAAGAUUAUGCAUCAAGAUUAUGCAUCAAGUCAUCCCCAGGACUUUGCUUAGUUUCUUUUUCGACAUAGAAAGUGAUAACUCUUAGCAAGCAGUUACUUUCCUUUGCAAAGUUUAGAAAAGAGGAUUUUCUUACUUAUCAUAACAUGCGUAGGAGGACAGGCCGCCUGCAUUUGACCCCCGCAUAACUGGCCCACGUGCAUCAUCUCCCGACAUCAUUGCAGCCUUUUUGGUCCCCCUUGGACGUUUAGGGGAACGUGCAGAAGCAGCUGCCGGGGUCGGUUUAUGGGACAGAGGUAGGGUGUGUGGGGGAGGUGGUGAUGGUCCGGGGCGAGAGUGUAGACAUAAGCCUACUCCUCAAGCCAAAUUAGCAGCGUUACCAAUGAUAGCACAGUUUUGAUACGCGCGUAAAGUAGCUGUCCCAUAAGGGACCUGUCGGCCUGCAGUGACGCAGUCCCAUAUGGGACCUAUCGGCCUUUACGGGUCAAGACGCAGUUGAAGGCGGCUGCCUUACAAUUGGCUGGCAGUUCUGAAUACACGCUUGUGAUCCACGUGGUGUCAUCUGCUAAAGUAAGGGCGGUCGCUCGCAGUCACCCGUGGCCUGUGGGACAGUUGGACAAACCUUUAUUUUUCUGGUUGUUUUCUGUGUGUUAUGAAAUAAUCUGCUAACUCUUUCUGUUAAAAAUCAUGAAAUCACUGAUAUCAUGAUUGACUUUUCAAUGCCUAUUGAACGUAAACUGCUGCCGCUGCCGCAAAAUAGCUCGCAGAGAGGUUCAACUUGUUUACUGUUUCCAUAUUUCCCUCACCGCACACAAAAAUCACAAGCAGACAAACUAGAACAAAACCAGGCAAAUUAAUACUUUUAAUGCUGUGUAUUCUCACAGCAUGCAUGCAUGGUGGACAGCAGAAUGACUAAUUUCAUCGGGGAAAUAUUUCACGGCCAGUGUAGUGGACCUUCUUCUUCUUCUUUUGACCUGUAACGCUGUUUCGCUUCUUAGGUCCUCCUUCUCCACACUUUUAUACUUCACAACAUGCACUUAGGGCUGCUUUCACAGUCAUUUUGUUAGUUUUGAUCGUUACCAAUGGCAGCGGUCGCCGCUAUGGUAUAUCCACGUGAAACUGGCCGAUUGGGCAGUGGCGGCUGCGGGGUUAGCCUAGCCCCGCACUUACCACACACUCUCAACAUCUCUUGCUUCGUCUGCAGCCGCCACUACCCCAUUGGCCAGUUUCACGUGAAAUACUAAGCGGCGAUCGCCGCCAUUGAUAAUGAUCAAAACAAAGUGACUGUGAAAGCGGCCCUUAGUUACUUAACAGUGCGCACUUAUACACUUCACCCUAAACUUAGGUGUUUUUCUGUCCUUUUUUUCCCCUGAUUUUGCUUUUCUAUGCCCUUUUGCAAUUUUUCGCUAUUACUUUUCACCGUCGCUGCCAUGCAUUACAGGUCAAAAGAAGAAGAAGAAAAGGAAAACAACACCGGGAGAUGUACAAUUUUCAUAGACUUGAUAAAAAGAUUUUUGGACUGUGGUUCCCCAGCACGGGGUGUUCUCUUAUCUUGUCAAUCAAGUAGUAAACAAAGCAGCUCUGCCAGUCCAUUUUACGAGUCUCUUGGUGGGCCAUCUUCCACUGCUCCUCACUCCUCAGCCACUGCCAUCAUUUGUUUGUUUACAUGCAGCCGUUCAGUACCCACGUAUCCACACUCGUACUCACAACCGUUUUCCAUUCAUAAGGACAACCAACAACUCGCUCCCGGUUGGGCAUAUGGGUAACCGCGGUUGCCCAUAGCCCCAAUGGUUGGACACCGCCUUUUAACCCUUUCAUUGCUAAACGGUCACAGCGAGCGUUAGGCGUAUUUGUUGGUGGUGCUAAACGCUCGCUGCGAGCUCCACCCACACUCAAAUCUCCCGCGUAUGAGACUGUUCCAACACUAAUUCUCACAACACAGGAUUGCCAAUUGAGUGGGUUCUUCACUAAAUUUGGUGGAAAAUCAUAUCAGCCCAGCGCGGCAAAUCUACAGACGAGUAACUGGUGGAUGUUCUUGCCCAAUAUAGCAGCAUUUUUUCAUAGCUUCACCUAUCACCUGACUGAUUCUUUGACCAAAUAGUUGUAAAUAUUGCAGUUGGCAAUACUCCCUUGCCAGAAUCUGAAGGAAAGAUGUCCACAGUUCCCUCAAUAUGGCUGAUCAUCCCGCACGCACUGACGUAAGUGUUAAAAUUCAACUCUCCCUGAAUGUGCAUGUACGUUCGCAAGAGAGGCAUACAUAACCGACUCCUAUAGAUCUGGACCUCCUCUUUCCAAUGUUGUUUUUGGUUUGUAGCUGUGAUGAAUAGUUUUUGAGAUACAGAGGUUAAAAGAGACCCCCCAUUGGGCUGCCCGACUGCGCCUGAGGGGAUAGUUGCGCCCGCACCGCGCGCAAGGAAUGGGGUUAUGGCAGCAUGCAUGAUGCCGACGGUAGGUAGACGUGACCCGUACAUGUCAAAUCAGCGCAAAACUCAUGGUGGUAAUGCGCGAAAGUCGAAAGUCGUGAUGGUAAGAAUUUAGGACUAAGCGCUAAACUCGAGGAUCGCGAAACUAGGAUAGCACAAAACUCGAGAGGGUACUGUAUACACCACACCACACCCAGCCACACUACACCAUACCACACCCAGCCACACUGUACACCAUACCACACCCAGCCACACUAUACACCACACCACACCCAGCCACACUAUACACCAUACCCAGCCACACUAUACACCACAUCACACCACACCCAGCCACACUAUACACCACACCCAGCCACACUAUACACCACAUCACACCACACCCAGACACACUAUACACCACAUCACACCACACCACACUCAGCCACACUAUACACCACAUCACACCAUGCCUAGCCACACUAUACACCACACCACACUCAGCCACACUAUACACCACAUCACACCAUGCCUAGCCACACUAUACACCACACCACACUCAGCCACACUAUACACCACACCACACCCAGCCACACUAUACACCACACCACACCCAGCCACACUAUAAACCACAUCACACCAUGCCUAGCCACACUACACCACAUCACACCAUGCCUAGCCACACUAUACACCACAUCACACCAUGCCUAGCCACACUAUACACCACAUCACACCACACCACACCCAGCCAUACUAUACA